AUGGGUGGGGGUCUGGCCCCGGGUGCGGGGUGCGGGCGGGCGCUGCUGGUCCUGGCGCUCUGGGCCCUGGGCGGGCACGGACACCCCGCACCCCCAACGCAAAGGAACAAGAACUGGUGCGCCCACAUCGUCAACAAGAAUGUGAGCUGCUCUGUGCAGGAGGGAACUGAGAGUUAUAUUCAAGCUCAACCGUACAGAUGUGCCUGGAACCACAUUCCCUGCCCAUCAACAUUGGCAUACCGAGUGAAUUUUCGACCCAGAUAUGUCAUUAAGUACAAGACAGUCACCCAGUUGGAGUGGAGAUGCUGUCCGGGAUACAGAGGUCAUAACUGCCAAGAAGGGCCCAGGGAACCAGGGAAAACGCUUCGGCCGUCUACGUUACCUCGGCGCAGUUUGAAGAAACCUGCAGAUGCAGACCCUAAACCAUCCCCAGAGCCAAAGAGAGUGCCGGAACAGAACCAGAAUACGGAGCCCAAGCCGGACGCUCAGGACCCGCAAACCAAGAGGAUCCAGACCCUCGAAGACCAGGUUCUCUGGCUCACCCGGGCGGUCAAAGACCUCCAAUCCUCCGUCGCCGAGGUGAACGCCUUCCUGAAGAACAUGGUCCAGGACAAUGCCAGUAAGGUGCUGGCCUCGUGGCUCAGCGGCCUUCCCGGCCCCCGGGGGCCGGACAGCGCACUGGGGGGCCAGAAGGAAACCGUCCCGCUGCCCGAAGUCUUUGGCCACGAAGACUCCGGCAUGAGGGGCAUCAAGUCGGAGCUGGCGGAAGUCAAAGAUGCGCUCAAGACCAAGAGCGACAAGCUGGAAGAGCUCGACGGGAAAGUCAAGGGCUACGAAGGGCAGCUGAGGCAGCUGAGGGAAGCCACCCAAGGCCCCACGGCCGCCCUCCCGGUCGAGCAGCUGCUCCAGACCGUUGUCGACGAGAAGAUGGCCGCCCUCAGGGAGGAGAUGCUGGAGGGCGUCGACAGGAAAAUGGCGGACCUGAAGAAUUCUUGCGAGUACAAGCUGACUGGUCUCCAGCAGCAGUGCGAUGACUACGGCACCAGCUACCUGGGUCUGAUUGAGUUGAUAGAGGAGAAGGAAUCGAAGAUGAGGAAGGAAAUGGACGCCCUUCGGAAGCAGGGCGAGACUCCGCCGGGGAAGCCCAGAACGGGUGAUGACCAAGGCCUGCGGAUUCAGGAUUUGGAUCGGAAGAUCGAGAGGGUCGCGGAGGCCACCAGGAUGCUAAACGGCCGGUUAGAUAACGAACUGGAUCGCCUGGCCAGUCCGGAACCGGACGACACCUUCGAGGCGAGGUGGGAGGAGAUGGACGCCAGGCUCAACGUGACGGAGAAGAACGCCGAAGAGCACUGCUUCUACGUCGAGGAAACGCUCCGGGGUGCCAUCGAGGACGAGGUGGAGAACCUGAAGCGACUUCUGGGCCAGAAAGUGCAAGCCCUGGAGGACCGCCUGGGCCGGGCUCUUUCGGAGAUCACUAACGGCUCCGACGCCAACGACGGCCGAGUGGGGUCGGACCUCCACAUUCUCCCCGGCCCCGCCGACGAACACGUCGCCACCGAACUGAGCUUCCUCAGGAAUAAAAUCCAAACCGUGGAGAGUCUUUGUCGGCAGAACUGUCAGGCCAGGACCCACGGGCAAGGAGAAGUCUUCUCACCACCGCAACUCGACAAAGAGGGCCGAGACACACCCUCCCUCUGGAGAUCGCUAAACGACGCCGUGAACCAGAAGUUCAGGGAACAGGAGGCUACCGACCGGAGAGUGCGACAGGACCUGAGGCUGAUUUAUUCGCGUCUGAACGGCACAGACCGUGAUGUCGAAUCUCUCCGGGCCGGACUGGACAGUUGUAAAGAGCAACUUAAAGACGUCGUUUCGACCCGGAGGGCCGCAGAGCUGGAUAGCGUCACAAAGGUGGACGAGAUAGAAAGGGCAGCGGGAAAUAACACCGCCCGCGAAGGCCCGGCCGACAGCUGCUGCAGCCAUAUGGAGGAGAGGCUCAGGGGACUCUACGGACAGGUCUUUUCCGAUCUGAACACCUGUCGGGAACACGCCGAGGGGAUCCAGAAGGAGGUCUCGAUGGUGGACAGGAGGGUCGCCCACGUUGAAAAGGUCUGCGGGAAACUGGACGCGAUCUCGGGGAGCCUGCAUGGGAUUAAAGACGGGCUGAACAGACACGUCAGCAGCCUGUGGGACUCUGUAAACCGGAUGAACGGGACAAUCGCGUCUCAGUCCGGAGAGAUUUCUGGCCUCCAGAAUUCCGUCCGGCACCUCCAUGGCCGAGUGUCCGAAAUAUCCACGGAGAUUUGGGAGCUGACGGGAGUUCUGUCCGGGGAACAGGAAAGAGCCCCGGGACCCCCGCAGCCGCCCCGGCCCGGGAGCCCUCCUCGUCCAGCCCACCCUGCGCGGUCCGGCCAGCCCCGAGACCCCUUGGCCCCGGAGCCUGCCGGGCGGCCGGCCCAACCGGGGACUCCGCCGCCGCCCUCCGCGCCCGGGGAGGCCCGGCCUCUGCCCCCGGGUGAGCGCCGGCCCGCCCGCCCAGCCUCCCCGGGACUGCCCGCCCGGCCCGGCCCACCCGGCUCCGGGGCCUGGAUUCUAGAAACUGGGGAAGCCGGGCCACCCGGCAGGAUGCUGGUGCGGGGAAGAGGCCUGCCCGACAGCGUGGAUGGCCAGCAGGGCCAGAGGCCCGUCCCCAGCUCCGAAGGCUACGCCGGACCCCCAGGCUACCCCAAACCAUCUGCUCGGGACGAUCCAGCAGACCCUCUGGCCUCAUCUCUGGUGUCCUUCUCGGCCGGUCUGACCCAGAAACCGUUCCCCAGUGAAGCGGGGGUGGUCCUCUUCAACAAAGUGCUCGUAAACGACGGAGACUUCUACAACCCCAGAACAGGGAUCUUCACCGCUCCGUACGCAGGCCGCUACCUGCUGUCCGCCAUCCUGACCCCGGAGAGAGGCGAGUACGUAGAAGCCGUCCUGUCCGUGUCCAACGUCAACGUGGCUCAGCUGCACACGGCCGGCUACCGGCGGGAACUGCUGGAAUACCACCGGCCCCCCGGCGCCGAGGUUCUCUGUGGGGGCAGCGGGACCUUCCACCUCGUCGUCUCCUUGAAAGAGGGCGACCAGGUCAACGUCGUCGUGACCGGGGGGAAACUGGCCCACACGGACGCGGACGAGAUCUUCUCCACGUUCAGCGGCGUCUUCCUCUACCCCACCCGUCCGCCCCCGGUCUAACUGGGCUCUGAAGACGGCCACGACGGCGGCCGGGGGCGGGGGGGACUUUUGGACCUCGAAUAUAUAUCCCGUCGACUCUCCGGAGCCGUUGGGCUGACGGGGCCCUGGAUCUUCCGGCCGGCCGUCUCAGAGUCGAAGGGCGGAGGAGGAGGAGGAGGAGGAGGAGGAAGAGAAGGGGCAACCACCUCCCCCCCCGGGACCGAUCGACUGCUUCCCUCCCAUCUCCCACCGGUGUCUGGUGACCCCAGCCGAGCAAUCCGAAUUCGUCCAGAGCAUUCCCUGCCUCGGCCUCAGUCCCCUGUGGUUUUUUAACUCCAAAGUGCCUUUUUCUCCCAGAGCUUCUCCCCCAGGCGGUCCUCCACCACCCUUUCCCAAUCUUGGGAGCGUUGGGAAGACCCAGUUGCUUCUUGGCCUGGCCUCGCUAGCUCCCCGUCCCCCUGCCCCUCUUCCUCCCCCCCAGCCAGGGGUCUUCUAACGGGCUCAAACGUUCAUUCAUUCGAUUGUAUUUAUUGAGCAUUUCCUGUGUGCAGAGUACUAAGCGGUUGGGAGAGCACAG